UGGUAUAUAUAGGGCAGAUAGUCAGAACCUUUUUCCCAGGGUGGAAAUGUCAAAGACUUAAAGGGAUAUGUUUAAGGUGAGAGGGGGAAAAGUUUAAAAGAAAUGUGCAGGCCAAGUCUUUUUUCACAGAGAGAAUGGUGGGCGCCUGGAAUCUGCUGUCAGGGGUGAUGGUGGAGGCAGAUAUGAUAGUGGCUUUUAGAUAGGUUCUUGGAUAUGCAGGGAAUGGGGGGAUAUGGAUCACAUGGAGGCAGAGGGGAUUUGUUUAUUUUAGUAUCAUGUUCGGCAGAGACAUUGUCAGCUGAAGGACCUGUUACCAGGCAGUCAAGAAGGUCAAAAUGCAGCUUUAUAGGACUUCAGAUGGGCUGCAUUUGGAAUAUUGUGUGCAGUUCUGGUCCUCCCAUUAUGGAUGGAAAGGAUGUAUAGGCUUUGGAGAGGACGAAGAAGAGGUUUACCAGAAUGCUGCCUUGAUUCGAGGAUUAUUACCUGUAAGGAUAGGUUGGACAAACCAUACAGAACUACAAUAAAAUAAAGUGAUGAGAAGCAUAGCUAGGGUAAAUAGACUUUGUUUCCCAGUGUCAAAAUAUCAAGAACUAGAGGGGACAUAGCUUUAAGGUGAGAGGUGCAAAAGUUAAAGGAGAUGUGCGGGGAAGUUUUUAAAACAGAGAGAGGUGGGUGCCUGGAAUGCGCUGCCAUGGGUGGCGGUGGAGGCAGAUAUAAUGCUGUCAUUUUGGAGGCUUUUGAAUAGACACAUGGACAUGCAGAGAAUGGAAGGAAUGGGAUCACAUGCAGCAAAGGAGAUUAGUUUAACUUGGCAUGGACAUUGUGGGCCGAAGGGCCGGUCCCUGUGCUGUACUGUUCUAUUGGUCCUAAAUUACAAGGUUCUCUUUGGAUGUAUCAGUACAAAUUGAAAUAAAUAACAUGAAUUCUUUUUUCACUGACGGACCUUUAGUUGAAUCUCUGCUGUGACUCACGCUGAGGUACUGCAAUUUGGCUGAAUACUUCAUCUCUGCACUGUGAGAACUCUUGUACAUCAGUAACCCUGGAGAAACUAACUGGCCUCUGUAAAUCAGGCACGCUCUUUUUCUGUGGGAUACAUCCCAACCACACACGUUUCCAAUGUAAUCGACCUUUUUGUUAACUGUUAAAAGUAAUGCACUCAACAGCUUAUACUUCGGCCAAAGGAAUAAGGAACGAAAAACCUACCGAUCUUUGAACAAUACCACAACCUUAAACUAAAAAGUCAAUGUCAAGGGUCAUUGUUGUAAAUCUACAUUGUGAAAGGACUGAUGUCAUCGCUUCACUUCUAGUUCAGAAACUCGGAGCAAUUGGGAAUUACUUCCCUCUGCUCCGUCCCAUAUUCAGGGACUUUGCGUCUUGCCUCUUGGGAAGACAUCACUCUGACAUCAGCUCGAACAAAAAGAAUGUUGAUGCAUGGGUUCCAAACCUCUUAUAUAAGGGAGCUGUUUUCACAUCAAGAUGCACCAACACAAUUGCCAGCAGUGGGCAAAUCGAAAAGUAGCUGCAGGAGCUCUUCCGAAGUUGGACUUGAAGCCUGCGAAACGAAUUUUGAGGAAUCGAGAAUGGUUUCCUUAAACCUGGCACAAGUUGGAAUUGUCGUCAUCUUUUGCAGCAUGUCGUGGCUGCUACCCUGUGAGGGCAAUCCCAGAGGGAGGAGAACGGUGAGCGAACAUCAGGAGAUGCAUGACAGGGGCCGCUUUCUGCAAGACUGGAAGAGGAUGCAGUGGCUUGAGAAGAUCAUGGAGAGUUUGCACACGGCUGUUGAAGUCCUUCCUAAUGACGCAGCUGCAGAAAAUCUACCGGGACAGAGGGAACCAUCUGCACUUCCCCAUACCCCCGGAUAUAGGGAAGGAAUCGCCAGUAGCCACCAAGACCUCGAACUAGGAGGUGCUCUUGCUGGUGACCUCGAGGAAGCUGAGAAGGCAGCGAGCGUGGAUCUUUCUGAUCUUCAGAGUUGACCAUAGUGUCAUACAGCACAGAAACAGGCUCUUCGGCUUAACUUCCAUUCAGACCAAGAUGCCCCAUCCAAGCGUUCCAUUUGCCGGCGUUUGACCCAUACCCUUCUAAACCUUUCCUAUCUAACUAACAUUCAGUACAAUCAAUUUUGAGGAUCUACGAGUUGUAUAGUGAUCCUGACACUGUCUGAUCCCAAAUAAUACCGACUGUUCCCUCUUAUAUACCAACUUAUUUAAUGGGGAACUUAAGUCACACAUUUCCAUUUUAUCCUCUUCUUCUCCUCCCCCUCCUGUCCUCUUCCAUCCAUAUCCCUCCCUCCAGCUUUAUUCCUCCUCAUCUCUCCUUAUCUGACACAUUUUGUCUCCUUUUUACCUCUAUCCUUUGUCACUUACUCCACCCAUCGGCCAAUCAAACCUCCCUCACCUGUAUCCACCUAUCACUUGCCAAGCUUUGUCCUGCCUCCAUCUCUCUUUUCCAGCUUUCUCCCCACUACGUCAAGAGUGUCCGGACCCAAAACGUCGCCUUCCCAUUCUCUCCACAGAAGUUGUCUGACCCACAAAGUUCCUCCAGCACUUUGUGUUUUGCUUAAGAUUCCGGCACCUGCACUUUCUUAUUUCUCCAAGUACUUAACGUUACUACUUACUCUAUUUAAUAAUAUUUUAACCAAACAUUGGCAAUCUUACAUAUAUAUUUCCUGAAAUAAAUACUAGCUGAGAUAUAUUUAUUGUUAUUUAUAUAAUUUAUUUUUGAGAUUCAAUUUCUCAUUUGUUUUUAAAUGUGUGUAUUGUUCACAAGUCCUGAUGCUAUCAAAAAAUAA